AUGUCCAAAUUCAGGGGAAGCCUGUCUCUAAACUGGUAUUGGGACCCUGUUAACGGGAACUUCGUCCUAGAGAACAACACUGUAAAGAGAAUCAUUCAGGAACAAAAGACCUCUGGUGAGGUAUCUAUAUUUUCGUACCAGAGAGUCAAUCAGGAGGCAGAUAAGGUAGCAAGAUAUGCCCUAAACCACCAGGGGCUGAAGAGAGGUGAUGUAGUGGCCGUUAUGAUGAGGAAUGAACCAGAAUUCAUUUGGAUAUUCCUAGGUUUAGCUAAAAUAGGUGUGAUUGUGGCUUUUAUAAAUUACAACCUGCGAGCUGACCCACUGAAACACUGUUUGAGAGAAAGUGACGCCAAAGUACUAAUUGUUGGAAAAGACGAUGACCUAUUAAAAGCAGUGGAGGAAAUAAACACUGAAUUACUAGAGAAGGGGGUAGACAUUUGGGUUUCUGGUGAGGGAAUUACGGAAAACAUCCCCCAGAAUUUUAGCCACCUGCAGAAGGCCACAGAGUCUUCCUCCAGUGGGGAAGAAAUUCCUCGUCAUAUUCGCCAAGGCAUUACACUGAUGGACCCGUUAAGUUAUGUGUAUACAUCCGGAACAACUGGUCUUCCAAAACCGGCCAUUAUAACUCACCUGCGUUAUAUCCGAGGCGCUUUCCUGAUGGCUGUUCCCACUAAGUUAAAUGAAAACGACAUAGUGUACACGUCACUUCCCCUCUACCACAGCAUGGCGGGGGUGGUCGGCCUGAGUGCUGUUAUACUAAGAGGAGCCACUAUUAUUCUACGAGCUAAAUUUUCGGCCAGCAAUUUUUGGUAUGAUAUCCGCCGCCAUGGUGUCACUGUAGUGCAAUACAUUGGGGAGAUAUGCCGAUAUGUUCUUGCUACACCCCAGAGCCCCUUAGAGAGUCGACACGUUGUGCGUUGCUUCAUUGGAAACGGCCUGCGGUCUGACAUAUGGUUGAAGUUCCAGAGCCGAUUCAAGUUGGACCACAUGGUGGAGUUUUACGCUUCAACAGAGGGGAAUUGCUGGUUUUCUAAUACGUACAACAAACCGCUCUCGUGCGGGCGACUGUCACCCUUUUUGCGACUAGUGUUCCCGAGUUUCUUGGUUAAGUAUGAUCACGAGAAGGACGAACCUGUAAGAAAUGAACAAGGACGUUGUAUUCCUGUCGAGAUAGGAGAACCCGGUCUGUUGAUAGCAGCCAUAAAAGGAAAUUUUACCUUUGAGGGUUAUAAAGGGAACAAAGGGUUGACAGAAAAGAAAAUAUUACGCAACGUUUUCCAACAAGGCGAUGCAUAUUUCAACUCCGGAGACUUACUGUACACUGACAGUAACUACUUUCUUUACUUCAGUGACAGAGUUGGGGAUACAUUUAGAUGGAAAGGAGAGAACGUUUCCACACUAGAGGUCGCUAACGUUCUAGCAGAGGUAGAAGGCGUGGAGGACGCGAGCGUGUAUGGGGUCAAAGUGCCAGGUAAAGAGGGUAGAGCUGGUAUGGCCGCUGUCACUUUGCAGGAGGAAAAGAAAUUAACGUGGCAACUGUUUGAAAAUAUCUACAAUCGUCUUUCCGACCGUCUCCCAGCUUAUGCCAGGCCACUUUUCCUGCGUGUCCAGCACACAUUAGAUCUGACAGGCACGUACAAACAGAGGAAAGAACAACUCAAAGGACAAGGGUUUAAACCUAGUGAAGUUAAAGACGACAAACUCUACUUCCUGGAUGAGACGAAACGUGCGUUUGUUCCUCUUGAUGCUGAGCUGUACGAGCGCAUCAUAAGAGGAGAAGAACGCAUAUAGAUCGUCCCAAGGGGCAUGUACCAACAGGGCUUCAUGUAUACUUCACAUGAAUACACUUUUAAAUUUUUUAGUGUUCAGUUACUAAAUUGAUUAACAUUUACACGUAUGUCUUCUUACGGGUGACGUCAUGAUUGCGAUUUUGGGUAAAAACUGAAAAACGGUUUCUUAAAAAUCUUUGAAAAUCUGUA